GGGGGGGAGGAGGAGGUCCACUGACUAUAGAUGCCAGUGGCUAGAAUGGACUUUUUCCAACCUCCUUUUCCAUUACUUCUAUGUCCAUGUGCACAGCCACGAUAGCCCUCUCGAAUUGACAUUCUCUGCCACCAUUAUUGUAAGCUUUUAUUGCCAUGUUUUGUCUAAAUCAUCACAUUCAGCAAGCUGUAACCAUUGGGGUCAGUUGCUUCUGCCUCCAACAUUAUUGACCACCAGUCACCACCUCUGUUGAGUUCACCACCAUUGUGUAUCAUUCAUAGCCAAUCAACCUCUGUUCCAAACCACCAUCGACAUCCACCACUAUCACGAACCGUUCCAUUCCUCUUCUGUCAUACUGCAUAUUUUCUACAUUUGUGUUUUUUAUUGACAAAAGUUUCUACUUUGAGAAUGAACUAUGAGGCAACACUUUUAUUCAUUUAAUCUGAUUCCUCGAAGACAACCCUAAUAUUGUCCAUUGGAAUAUGAAAAGAAAGAGUAACUGACCAAUUAAAUGAUAUGCCCGGAAUGAUGAAAAUUAUGCAAUUGUCAACUGAUUUUUGCCAUUGCCACCAACCAUUGUUGGCAAUUUGUUGCCCUGCUGCCACCACACCUGCAUCUAUAGGUAAAUUCAUUAUGCGUAUAAAACUUACAACGGCCUUCAAAGCCUAAUUACAUUGAAGGGAGGUUGCAUCAACAUCGAAAGAUUAUAUGCGUCCAAGAUUGUUAUGUGUAAUUGAGGGGCCAUUCCACCCGUUACCAAUUGCUUUUGGUUGGAUGCACUAACAUGGUAUUAGAGUUGUGUUUUAGGUAGUUGGUGAAUUAAGUCAUUCACCCAUUUGAAUUCUCCAAUUUUUUGUGAGUCUGUUUUGCUUUAGUCCUAGUUUGUUUGUUUGUCUGUUUCAGUUUCGCGCUUAGCACAUGUAUGAGUCCAUGUCACACGUGAUGGAGGGUGUGAGGAGAUUUUACAUUGAUUAGGUAUACCCUGGGUGGGUUUAUACACUUUUGGGCCACUUUACCCAUAAACAAUUUCUGAGCCUAGAUGCUCUAACAGUAUCUUCUCAAGCAGUCUUUGCUACGCAUGUUUGAUUGUGGCUAUCAGUUGGAGUCUUCCUUUUUGCUCCGUGUGUGUGUGUGCGUUUCUUUCCUUUCUUUUUGUAUGUGGAUGCCUAUUUUCUUGUAGUAUACCUCUCAGUGGAAUCUUUCUGUGUGAUUCAUUUCAAAUAAAAAUAGGUACAUUUCUUGCACGAGUUUUGUAGUCUAAGCAAGAGUUUGCAGAUGGGCCAGCAACUCCGGUUAUUUAGGGAUCUUGUGAGCGAGGGCAUCUUUGACAUCAUUGCUGAUGUUUUGCAGAGUCAAGAUAAAAAGCUUGUGUUAACUGGGACAGACAUCCUUAUUCUUUUGCUGAACCAGGACCCGAACCUUCUGCGAUCUUAUGUCACUCGGCAGGAAGGUGUCCCUCUUCUUGGACUCUUGGUAAAAGGUAUGAUAACAGAUUUUGGGGAUGAUAUGCAUUGCCAAUUUCUUGAAAUUCUUCGAAGUCUUUUGGAUUCGUAUGCAUCAGGAUCCCAGAGGGAUACUAUUCUUGACAUUUUCUAUGAGAAGCACUUGGGUCAAUUAAUUGAUGUUAUAACAUCAUCAUGCCCUCCAAAUGGCGCUGUUCGAUUGAUCAGUAAGUCUUCAGGUCCUGAUAGAGGCACUGGGAAUCAAACAAGUACGAAGCCUGAAAUACUUCUAAACAUAUGUGAUCUCCUGUGCUUUUGUGUUUUGCACCAUCCAUACAGGAUAAAGUGCAACUUUCUUCUUAAUAAUGUGAUAGAUAAAGUUCUUUUUCUGACUCAAAGAAGGGAAAAGUACCUCGUAGUUGCUGCUGUUCGAUUUGUCCGAACUCUGAUUGCCCGCAAUGAUGAACACCUGAUGAAUCAUAUUGUGAAGAACAACCUUUUGAAACCAAUUGUAGAUUCUUUUGUCGCCAAUGGCAGUCGUUAUAAUCUGUUGAACUCUGCUGUCCUGGAGCUUCUUGAAUAUAUUAGGAAGGAGAACUUGAAGAUAUUACUCAAAUAUCUGGUUGAUUCAUUCUGGGAUCAAUUGGUCAAAUUUGAGAAUUUGUCUGCCAUUCAUUCUCUAAAGGUUAAAUAUGAGCAGUCCCUAGACAGCUCGGGAAUGAAAAGUGCCACUAAUUUGUUGGACCCUAGAAAACGAGUAGAUGAACGUGCUCUUGAGAAAGAAGAAGAAGACUACUUCAAUGAGGACAGUGACGAAGAAAAUUCAGCAUCAGCAUCUAUGUCUAAUGCCAGCAGAGUACAGGCGCAGCCUGCUUUGCCCAAUGGAUCUGCUGCAAGCCAACCUUCUUUAAGAUCGGGGGGACUUGUUGACUAUGAUGAUGACGAGGAUGAUGAAGACUACAAGCCACCGCCCAAGAAACAGUCAGAUAGUUCUGAUGAAGACGAGGAAACGGUAGAGUCCUUUAGGUUGAAACGGAAAUUGGCUUCAAAGGAGGAGCCUGAGCUGAUAAAGAAGCAACGGUUAGGUAAAAACUCAAAGUCAAAAGAUGGUGUAUUUGCUGCCUUAUGCUCAACUUUAAGUCAUGCAGUUUUACCCGGUAAGAAAACCGCAGUUUCUGUGCAUAUUGUUCCUCGCUGUUCGGACGUGAACGACAACUCUGACGAAGAAAAUCACAAAGAGAAGGGAUCAAUUAGCUGUGUAGAGGACGAAAUUCAUAUAGACAAGGAAUCAGAUGCUCCUAGAAACUGUUCUGAUAGUGUGCACAAUGCUAUAGAAAAUAGACAGAGGGGCGGUGAUGACUCUCCAUUGAUACCGCCAAAGUCCUCCGCGGAAAUGACUGUAAAUGGAUCGUAAGUUAUUUUUUAACAUCAUAUUCAGCCUGGUGACUACUACUGUCAUUGAUUAUAUCUGCUCGCAUGUCUGCUUCGUGUCCAUCCACUCUAUAUGUUGAGCUUUCUCCGGUAAAAGAGGCAUCAACCAACAAUACCGGCCUGACCCUUAACAGCGUUCUAUCAACGCUUGGAGAGGAUACUGUGCAGUGCAACUGAAAAGGUGGGGCGUGAAGAUUUUUUAGUCUUUAUGAUGCCACCAUCAGCUGAGUAAUUGCUACCUCUAUAAAACAGUUACUAGCAAUAGUUUUUCUUUUUCCUAAAUUUUUGUUUGUUUCAUUUUUUUCCCCGUCCUGCCCCACUGUUUUAGCUUUGUAGAAUUAUAAUGUGAUAUAUAGAUGGGGCACCAAUGUUGCCCUACAUGGUUUGGUUCAAUUGUGCUAUUUUUGUGGUGGUUGUGGGUGUACUGAGAGAAAAAGGUUAGUGAACUGGCCUGAGGCCGAGGUUCUUUUCUGAUUCCAAGUCUGUAAUCUAGUCAAAAGUGAAUGUACAUUGUAUUUUUGAAGGGAAGUUAGUGGGAACUUUAUAACAAAACUCUAUUUAUGAUUGUCCCAACCACCAAAAACUAUACCACCCACCAUAUGCCAUUCGAUUGUCUUGC